GCGCCCUCCCCCGAUCGUUGCACUUGUACCCCAAAUAAACUCCCUUCCCUCCAUCGGUCCAUCCAUCCUAACAGAACUAGGACGCGCACGAGACGAAACCGCCGCCGUCCCACAUGGCCGACUCCGGCGCCCUCGUCGUGACGGAGGCGCAACAGCAACACCCGCUGAGCCAGAUCGCGGCGAGCGAGACGCACCGGCUGCUGCUCAAGCAGUGGGUCAAGGAGGAGGACCUGCUGGCGCGCCGCGUGGCGCUAUGGGAGGCCUGCCUCAACGGCGCCCGCAAAGAGAUCGCCUUCCUCUACUGCGCCUUCUUCGCCUUCCACGCCGCUUCCGUGCUGCUCCUCUUCCUCUCCUCCUCCUCCUCCUCCGCUGCCUCGGCGGCAGCGACAACAGCAUGCAGACGGUCGUGGAUCCCCUACCUUGUCUCGCUGCUCUCCUCGCUCACCAUGCUCUGGGCGCUGUGGUACAAGUCCGACACGGAGGCCGUCCUGGAGCGCGUCCUCGCGCGAGAGCGCGAGGAUGCGCUGUACCUGGCCAGGUGCGUCUCCGAGCUCAAGCGCAAGGGCCUCCGCUUCGACCUGCUCAAGGAGGUGGACACACUGCGCAGGGCCAAGAACCUUCGCGCUGAGGCCAAGGGCGCAGCAGACAGGCCCAGGAGGUGGCAGACUAGGGACCUGGCCGUCUUCGCGCUCUUCGCCGCCGCCUGCGGGGUGCUCGUGCUCACCAGGUUCUUGCUCUGCAAUUAGCCAGGUCAGGUGGGGAAGCGAUCAGCACGUGUUGCUUGCCUUGCCUUCUUGGCCUCUUCUCCUCCUUGUUCAUUCUGGGCAGAAUUGUUUUUCUGCGAAUUUUGGUGCUGGUUUUAUCUAUUUGUAAUAAUAAUAAGGAAAUGAUCUGAUUGUAACAGAGAGUAAAUGCUCUCGGUAUUAUGAAUUUACGAUGAUACCUAUUAAUGUUAA